GGUUUCGUGGCGAGGCCCCGCCCCGCCCCCGGCUCGGCGCGGGGUGAUGACGCCAUCGGGCGGCGCCGGUGGCUGCGGGGAGGCGGCGGCGGAGGGAGGCCGAGAGAGGGCCCCGCGCUCCCGGGGGCGGUCGGAGCCAUGAAGGAGGCGCUGGCGGCCCGUCAGCUGUGGGGGGGGGGCCCGGGGGGGCCGCGGGAGGGUCCCCCCCGCCGUGACCCCCCUUGGGGGGGCCCCGCGCCGCCCCCCCCCCGCCCCCCCCCGGCGCCGCCCGCCGCCCCCCGCCCCCGCCCUGGGCCCCUCCCCCGCCCGCUUCGGAUGAGGAGGAUGAAGACGAUGACGACGAAGAAGAAGGGGGAGGCCGGCGCUGGGUCCCCCCGAAGUGGGGGCCCCCCCGGGGCGCCGCCCCCGCCCCCCCCCGCCGGCGGGGUCCCCCCCGGCGCCGGCUGCGGGCGCUGCGGGCCCUGCGGAUGCUGCUCUACGCCAAGGGGGGGGCCUGGGCCUUCCCCUGGAAACGGGGGGCUCGGCGGAGGGGGGGGGGCCCGCCGCAGACCCCCCCCCCUCGCUCUCCCCCGACGAGGAGGAAAGGGGGGGCCCCCCUGCGCCGGCCCCGCCCCCCGCCGAGGCGCCCCUGCCCCCGCCGCCCCCCCCUCGCCUCCCGCCCCCCCCCCCUCGCUGCUCCCCCUUUCGGGGACGUGGAGCUGGGGGGGGACCCCGGGGGCGGGGGUCUCUUGGGGGCCCCCCCGGGGCUGGGCGGGGACGCAGGGCCCCUCCCCAAUGGGUUCGGGACGGGGGCCCCCCCCAGCCCCCCCGGCAACGCCGAAAGCGCCAUCCUCAUCAGUAAUGUGUGCAGCGUCGGGGGGGGCGCCGAGGGGGGGCCUCGCCCCGAAGCCCCCAACCGGGGGGGGGGCCCAAACCAGCCCCCUGCGCGAGGAGCACGUCACCUGCGUCCAGAGCAUCCUGGACGAGUUCCUGCAGGCCUACGGCAGCCUCAUCCCCGUCAGCGCCGACGAGGUGGUCGAGAAGCUGGAGGACAUUUUCCAGCAGGAGUUCAGCACCCCCCAAAGGCGGGGCUCGGUGCAGCAGCUCAUGCAGUCGUACCAGCGGCUCCCCGGGAACGCGCUGCUCCGCGGCUUCCGCGUCAGCUACAAGCGGCACGUGCUGACCAUGGACGACCUGCAGACGCUCUACGGCCCCAACUGGCUCAACGACCAGGUGAUGAACAUGUACGGGGACCUGGUGAUGGACGCGGUACCCGACAAGGUCCACUUCUUCAACAGCUUCUUCUACGACAAGCUGCGGACGCGGGGCUACGAGGGGGUGCAGCGCUGGACCAAGAACGUGGAUAUCUUCGGGAAGGAGCUGCUGCUCAUCCCCAUCCACCUGGAGGUGCACUGGUCGCUCGUGGCCGUCGACGUCGCCCGCCGCCGCAUCACCUACUUCGACUCCCAGCGCACCCUCAACCGCCGCUGCCCCAAGCACAUCUGCCGGUACCUGCAGGCCGAGGCCGACAAGAAGGAGCGCCCCGACUUCCGCGAGGUGCGGGGGGCCUUCAAGAUGAACGUCGCCCGCCAGAACAACGACAGCGACUGCGGGGCCUUCGUGCUGCAGUACUGCAAGUUCCUGGCGCUGGGGCGGCCGUUCAGCUUCACGCAGCAGGACAUGCCGCAGCUGCGGCGCCUCAUGUACAAGGAGCUCUGCCAUUGCAAGCUGGCCCUGUGACGGGGGGGGGCGCGGGGGGGCGGGGGGGGGCCGGGGGGGCACCCCCACACUGACCCACCGCGACCCACACCCCCCCCAAACACCCCCCCCCCCGCUCCAACCCGCGUACAGCGAGCUCUGCCUCUGCAAGCUGGGCCUGGGGGGGGGGGGAGGGGCGCGGGGGGGGGGCUCAGGGUGGGGGGGGCGCGGGUGGGGGCACCCCUCCACUGACCCAUCCCCCCCCCACCCCACCCCCCAACGGGGUUUGUUCGGGCGGUGCCGGAGCGGGAAUAAAAUGGUGGAGUUUGGA